ACGUAGGCUUCGAUUCGAAGCGCGCCACUCAUUGAAAAACUGGCGGCAAAACCUCAAUCAUGGCCCUGGGCGUGAAGGAGAGCGUGAGCGGCAAGCUCUACCGCUUGACGGUGGAUGGUGCCGAGGAGCGCGUUUGCGGCGGCAAAGGUGCCGUGUACCUGAGUGGCCCCAAAGUGGCUCUGCGUUGCUGCGGCAAGACGAGCAUCGUGGCUACUCGCCAGACCAAGCAGAGCGUGUUGCGGCAGGGCGAUGUGCUGCUUCUCGGGCUUCGCGACGCCUUCUACGCCAACGGUACGCUUACUAAGUACGAGGUGGUGGACACGGACGCCGCACCGCUCAAAGCGGCGCUGAACGUGCUUCCUACGCGCGUCCCGAGCAUCACCAUGAGCUCAGCAGCUUCUAGUCGGCCCAAAGCCCGAGCCAAGCGAGCUCCAGCCGCCACAGGCACAAGACUAGUGUCUUCCUUCUUUGCCAAGCGAAACACCAGCCCAAGUCCAAAGAAACAGGAGAAGAAACAGGAGAAGAAACAGGAAGAUAUUGAAGAUGUCACAGCCUCCAGCACCGCCGAAGAUGCCGAAGAAGAGGACGAAGAGCUCGCACCGUCCACAAGGCGGCGUGGCAAACGCACAAGAGCAAUUGUAGAGUCUGAUGACGAGGCAGAGACCAAUAGCUCCAAGAUGCAGGACUUGACGGUGGACUCGGACGUGUCAUCACCUAGAGAGGACGACGUGUUCGAGAAAGACCUGGAAAAAUCGUCAUCUGCUGCUAAAGACUGGAUGGCAGCAUUUGGACGCAAUGGAGUGAAGAAACACAAGGCCGAGAGCGAUGGAUGGAGGAGUAAAAAGGAGCAGAAACCCAAGAAACCAACGCAAUCAAGUGCAUCGAGACGGUUUACGUACGAAGACAGGAACGAUUUCGACGACUCCGAUGAAGACGAGCAUUAUUCUCGCUCCCAUGACGAAGUCGGACAGCUAUUGGAAGAGUGCGAAGCGAUUGCACGGAAACUACGCCAGUCAGUGAGGAAUUGGUCGGGUAAUGCCAAUAAGUCAGCAUCGUCCAGUCCGUCUACGUCGCCUGGGGAUGCUACAGACGAAGAAGAGGCCGUUCACAUGUCGUUGGCGUCGAUAAAUGGCGGAGAUCGACGCGUAGUCACUCAGAAAGACAUCCCCGAUAUCUGCGAGACGCUCGAACUGAAGCCAUACCAGGUGGUUGGUGUCAAUUGGCUGCUGCUAUUGCAUGAAAACAAAGUAUCUGGAGUGUUGGCGGAUGAGAUGGGACUCGGUAAAACCGUGCAGACGAUCUCCUUUUUGCUGCUUCUUAAGUCGCUGGAACAGUCAGACAAGAGUGCGGUUGGCCCUCACCUGGUUGUUGUACCGGCAAGUGUACUGAACAACUGGACACGCGAGUUCUCGUGGAUCGCACCGAAGCUGCGUAUCGUCACGUAUCACGGCUCAAAAGACCAUCGUCGAGAGCUGGAAGAUACACUGGAUAGCGACGACUUUGACAUCAUGCUGACUACGUACGCUUAUUUCGAGCGAGAUACGUGUCAAGAGGAACGUGCGUUCCUACGAAGCUUCCAGUUCGGCUACAUGAUUCUUGACGAAGGACACAGUAUCAAGAACUCGAACACGUCGAGAUUUAAGCGCAUCACAGCGCUGCGUGCACGUACGAGACUCGUGUUGAGCGGCACGCCCAUCCAGAAUAAACUCAAUGAGUUGCUGACGAUGCUGAGUUUCCUCAUGCCGCGGAUGUUCGAUCACGGCUCUGAUGAACUUUUGAGCUUUUUCGACGGAAGCGAACAGAAGAAAUGCGAAAAAGUACGCAAGAUUUUGGCUCCGUUCAUCCUGCGACGAGAAAAGAAGUACGUGUUGAGUCAACUGGUGCCGAAGACUGUGUCCAUCGAGCUUGUCAAGGUGGGAAACGAGCAACGCAAGGCGUACACUGACUUGCUGGAGUCUGUAGUCAAGCGUCGAGAAGCCCUAGCAGCACGGAAGGCUGCAGCAAAAGAGCGCAAGAAAAACAAGGGCAAGGACCAUAAGGCUGAGCGUCGAUUACGGGAGUUAAUGGGUUCUUACGCUACGCCACUUGGAGGCGAACCUACCGCUAUGUCCAUCUUCACGCAGUUACGGAAAGCUGCCAACCACCCAGUGUUGCUACGCAGACAUUUCGUGUCGGACGAAGUGUUGGAGACCUUGAGUCGAUGUCUGCAUCGAGCCGAAGCCUUCGGCAACCAAUGCUCGAUGAGUAGAGUGCGUCAGGAGCUCGAGUCGUACAGUGACUUUGAACUGCACGACUUAUGCGUACAGUACGAAGCGAUCGAUGAGCUCCGUCAACUGCAAUUGCCAAUGGAAACUCUGCUGGCUUCUGCUAAGUUCGAUUACUUGCGAACUUUGCUCCCCACACUUCAGAAAGAAGGCCACCGUGUCCUCAUCUUCUCGCAGUGGACGAGACUUUUGGACUUGCUAGAAGUACUUAUGAGUCACAUGGAGUACCGGUAUCUGCGGUUAGACGGAUCCACUGAUGUCCAGGAACGACAAGGACUCAUCGAUACGUACAACGAAGACAAGAACAUCUUCGUCUUCUUGCUGUCUACGCGUGCAGGUGGCCUCGGUAUCAAUCUUACAGCUGCAGAUACGGUCAUUCUGCACGACUUGGACUUCAACCCGACGGCGGACGAGCAGGCAUGUGAUCGUUGUCACCGUAUCGGCCAGACGAAGCCUGUGUCCAUCUACAAACUCGUGUCAGAGAACACGGUAGACGAGGAUAUUUACAAACUCGGAGAGUCCAAGACGGAACUCAAUCACAAGAUUUUGGACAAACUCAAUGCACAUGGCGAUGGCAAGAAGCAGACCAAAAAGUCCAGUGCUGUCACCGUGGAAAUGCUGCUGGCGUCUGUCAUCUCGGACUACAAAAGCGCACAGGUGGAAGGCAAAGAAUGAAACACUGGAAUUAUCUGAUAAAUAGAGUGAAUGUCGCUGAGUGGCUGCAUGUACAUGUAGAAUAUUUUUAAGGUGGAGCCCUGUGAUCGAUUCCUUGGCAUCGACUAUGAAUCGCUCCCCCUCUUGUCCCCGAACUGUUAUAAAAUAAAAACAUAAAAAAUGAGGAAAAGACUAUCACUUGCCAUUCAUCACAGUACUAUCG